GACAGGUCGCUUGCUUCACCUGUUCCAUCGGGAGGGGGGCCGUUCACAUUGCUGUCUGGACCGUGUGCUGUGUCGAUUCCUCUCAGGUGUACCUUUUAACGGCAUCUUGUUUUUUACACACACACGCAAAAAAAAAAAACCCACAAAAAAAAGGCAUCCAGAACAAAAUUACAUGGAGACUCGCCUGACAUGCCGAGGAAGGAGUUACCAUUGCCGCAGGGUUGGGAAGAAGCCCGGGAUUUUGACGGGAGGGUUUAUUACAUCGACCACAUCAAUAAAACGACGAGCUGGAUCGACCCCAGAGACAGGCAGACGAAACCUUUAACUUUUGCUGACUGCAUCGGAGAUGAGUUGCCUGUGGGCUGGGAGGAGGCCUAUGACCCAAAGGUUGGAGCCUAUUAUGUUGACCACAACACUAAGACCACCCAGCUGGAGGACCCGCGGGCUCAGUGGCAGUGGGAGCAGGAGAACAUGCUGCGCGAGUACCUGGAAGUGGCCCAGGACGCUCUGAACGCGCAGAGGGAGAUCUACCAGGUCAAGGAGCAGCGGCUGAAACUGGCCCAGCAAGAGUACCGGCAGCUCAACGAAGUCUGGAAGGACAAGUCCACGUCUCGGACGAGCUUGAAUUCAGGAUCCUCCUCCAGCAGUAAAUACGACCCAGAGAUUCUCAAAGCAGAAAUUGUGACUGCCAAAAGCAGGGUUAACAAGCUCAAGAGAGACCUGGCGCACAUGAGGCAGGAGCUGCAGUAUAAAGAGCAGGGCUACGAAACGCUGAAGGAAAUCGACCAGAAGGUGUCCCAGGCGCCCUGCGGGUACAAGCUGCACGAAGCGCAGGCCAUCCUGAACGAGGUGAAGUCAAUCAAAGAUGCCAUCAGCCUGGGGGAGAAGGAGAAGAAGGAGCUCAUGCAGAAACUUGCCAUCCUGAAAGAUGGAUUUCGAUUGACUUCUGGGUCGCAGAGUGACCUCUGGGACAGUACUUCCUCGCUAGCGGACUCCAGCCUCUCCAUCCCCCACCUCUACUCCGACGCAGAGUCGCAGACUGACCUUCCGGGAGACCUGGCAUUGAGCAGCAACAAUAAACUAGCUGAAAAGGUCCGGUUGAGCCUGAAGUACGAGGAGGCCAAGAGAAGGAUCGCCAACAUUGAGGUUCAGAUCGCCAAGCUGGACAGCGAGGCGUGGCCCGGGCUGCUGGACCCAGAGAGGGACCGCCUCAUCCUGAUCAGCGAGAAAGAGGAGCUCCUGAAGGAGCUGCAGUACGUCCGCCCUCGGAGGCGCGAGCCCGACGAUGUGGCGAAGAUCGAAACGGAAAAGAAGCGGCUGGAGAGGGACCUCCAGGCUGCCCGUGACAACCAGAGCAAAGCUCUCACCGAGAGGCUGAAGCUGCACAGCAGAAGGAAUAAACUGGUGAAGGAACUUGAAGAAACUGCACGACUUGCAUCUUCACUCCAUUCACAGCUAAAGAGCCUGUCGGCCAGCACUCUCUCCUGCUCGUCCGGCAGCAGCCGCGGCUCCCUGGCCUCCAGCCGCGGCUCGCUGGCCGCCUCCAGCCCGGGCUCGUCCUCCUCGCUCAGCUUCACCGACCUCUACGGUGACCCGCCGGAGCCGGGGGACCCCGACUUCCAGGGCAGGCUGGACUGCGUGCUGCAGGAGGGGGCCGCCGGCUUCCGCCCGUCCAGCUCCAUCACCACCAUCCACGAGAACGAGGUCAUCCGGACCCCCGGCGCCGCCCCCGGCCCCCCGCGGGGGCAGGUCCCCAGGCUGUCCGAGACCCCCCGCUCCAUGAGCUCCCUGUCGCCCAGGUCCUCCUUCUCCUCCCUGUCUCCUCCCUGCUCCCCGCUCCUCAGGGACCCCACGUUCCUGGGCGGGGAGGCGUUCCUGGGUCACGGCGGCGCUGGACUAGACCUGGAGCUGCAGGGCCGGCUGGCCGAGCUCCAGCUGGACGGCAGCGGGCAGCCCAGCGCCGAAGGCCAGCACGCCCCCCCGCCUCGCAGCGCGGCCCAGGAGCUUCACGCUACGCAGGGGAGCACGACUGCAGGCGCAGAGGCAGGAAGAGAUGGCAGCGCACCAGGCAGGGGCCCAGGCCCUGUGCUGAAAAGGCCGGGCGUCUCCUCAGCAGUGUCCGACGAGUCGGUAGCAGGAGACAGCGGAGUCUACGAGCCGUCCGAGCGAAGACCUACAAGGCCAGCAGAUGUGGUUUUAAAUUCCGAUGAAGGAGGAUCCAUAGGAACAGCUCAGAUCCAACUGGGGAUGAAGUACGACGCGAGAGAGAGACGAUUUGCGGUAUUCGUUGUGCAGCUUUGCAACGCAUCUGUGCUGCCUUUACCCCUUGAUGAGAAAAUAUACGUGCGUGUGGCUGUGCUCCCCUGCCCCCAGACGACGAGCUGCCUCUUCCGAACGAGGGCCUCGAUCCCGCAGGACAAGCUGGAGUUCAGCGAGGUGUUCGGGGUUUCUGUGUCACUCGGGGCUCUCCGGCAGAAGACGCUGCGGGUGGACGUGUGCUACAUCAAGACGUCCGGCCGGGAGGAAUGCUUGGCUGGCGCUCAGAUUAGCCUUGCAGAAGUGAGCAGCUCUGGGGAAGGAUCGACCCAGUGGUACAACCUGCUCAACAACAAGUGCCUGGCAGAGGCUGGCACAGAGCACAGAGGAGCAGAGGACUCCCCAAGACGUGCCGAGGGUCCUGUGUCAGAACCUGUGGCUGAAAUCACUGAGAGACCAGAUGAUGACAAAAAUGCAUUUAUUUCUGAGGAAGAAUGGACCAGUGAGCACCUAGAAGGGGAGUUCUGGGAGGAGGGGGAAGGCAGUGAUGCGGAGGCUGCUGAGGUGCAGGAGGAUGAGGAGUCGUAUCCAGAGACGAGCCGCCGCGCGGGAGAAGAGGGCACCGCUGGCCAGGCCUACACGGGCAGAAUAACGGAGAGGGCGAAUAAGGAGACCAGCACGGACAGCCUUGCGCAGGCGGCUUCGGUGGUCCGGCCCAAGGAGAGGCGAGCUGCAGCCCCCCAGCAGACCCCCCUCGUGAGGGGCAACACCAUCAUCCGCUCAAAGACCUUCUCUCCAGGAGCACAGAGCCAAUACGUCUGCAGGAUAAACCGGAGUGAUAGUGACAGCUCCACCUUAUCAAAGAGGUCUCCCUUUGUCCGAAACGCCUCGGAGAGACGCAGUGUUCGAGUGAAAAGGCCGGUUCUUCAAGCUAGGGGGCUUGACGGUCUGCUCCGGACCUCCCUGGACAUGGAGCUGGAUCUGCAAGUGUCCAAGACCAAGCACAGCCGCCUGAACCAGGAGCUGGAGGUACUUCGGCAGCUCAAAGAGCAGCUGGAACAGGCCCGCGCCCAGGGCCGGAGUGAGCUCCCCGCCUGGGUCCAGCAGGACGAGAGGUUCAGGCUGCUGCUGAAACAGGCCGAGAAGCAGACCGAGGAGGAGCAGCAGCAGGAGCUCCGCGUCGAGAGGAUGAUGCGGACGGCGGCGAAAGACGUGCACAGGAUCCGAGGGCAGAGCUGGAAGGAGGCCCGGGAAGUGCACUCGUUCAGGGAGAAGAUGGCCUUUUUCACACGAGCCAAGAUAACGAUCCCCGAUCUUCCGGCAGACGAUGUGUAGAGCAUUUCAAGUAUUUUGGAUUUUGGGAAAAUUAACUGCUGUAUUUAACUGAGAUGAGACUGAUAUCUGGUGGUAUUAUGAAGAAAACUGUAUGUACCCAAGGAAACAUUCACAUUUUUAAUGUACAGAUUUGUAGGAAUGUGAGUUGCUCAUCUGUAUAGUUUUUUUGAUGCACACAGAAGAACAAACAGAUUCUUUUUUCUGUUAUUAAUUAAUUGGUGAGAGAUUGAAACCUUGUUUUAACAUUGUUAAGAUACAAACCAGUGGAUUUUAUUUUAGUUCUUUAAGAAAGGAAUGUUUGUGGUUUUGGCAAAAAAAAAACCUAAUUCAUUUAGUUACCAUUUGCAUGACAUAAAACUCAAUACAGGUAUCAUUUUAACUUAAAGUAUGUAGCGGGGCCUUUUCUAUGUGACAGUUUUAUGGCUACCCAAUGAAACAUAAAAGUUAAAUAUUAAUUUAUGUUAUAAAUUAUAAUAUUAUAGUUUCCAUCUUUUUUUUUAUCCUGUUGCUUUCCCCCGCCCCAACCAAACACUUCUGUUCUAUUACGCACUUUUAAAUUAUUUAUUAGAAAUUAGCUGCUGCUUCUGUGCUGAAUACCAGGAGUCAAGAUUGUGGCAGUUGUCGGUGAUGUCUCUUCUGCUCUGGCCUGUAUUGUCUGGGAGUGAGCACAGGUACGGUGCCUGUGGAACAUCUGCACUCUCUUUCCGAAGUAACACAUUCUGUGGCCUAACAGCCUGAAAUCAGAACACAUUCAAUCAGAAUAUGUUUAGCUUUUACUUACAUUUUAAAACGCACGCCCCCCAAGUAAAAAAAAAAAACAUGCUCAGACCAGCUUUCAUUUUUUAAAUCACUAGUCAGGAGGUUUGAGGCUUUAUAAAAUACAUUUUGAUUGAAUGUGUUUUGAUAUCGGGCUGUUUGGCUGUGUAGACUUUCUGUAGGCACGGCCGAUAAUCUUCAGUGGCACUGGUGUCCCGAACAGAAGUGACUCCAGGCAUCGAGCUGCAGGGCACUCUCGAUCAUAGCUUUCAAGGAAGGCGCAGAAACAUUUCAACAAGUUCGUCCAGCCUGUUUCAGACUGAAGAAAGGAGCCGUUUCUUUGCAGAAAGGGUUGCGAGUGCUCGGACCCAUCCCAGCUGUUGAAGCAGAUGCUUUUGACGCUCCCAGGAAAAGAUGAGAUGAGACCCUUUGAUCAAUGAGCAACUAGCAAACCGAUGUCAAACAAGUAAGGUGUGGCACAUGAGUCUGUAAGAAGAGGUGCAAGCAGUAGGAAUCCAUUCGCCACCUCUGGCCUGUUUGGUAGUAAGUUGCUAAUUGGCCUCAGGACCUCAUCCAGCUGUUUCCUGAAAGAAGCCAAGGUACCGGCUUCAACAACACAGCUGGGUAGCUUGUUCCAACCUCCCACAGCCCUUUGUGUUAAAGUACUGCCUCCUGCUUGUCAUCUGAAAUGCACUUCCCCUUGGUUUCUACUUGUCCUCUGGUUUGGAUUUCACCUCUGACUCUAAAGGAGUCUAUUACAAUGACUUCGCUAAUGCCUGUGAGGAAUUUGGGUUCUCAGAUGAGUUCCCUUCGUUGUCUGUUCAGGGUUAAACAAUAGGUUCUUUUCACCUGUGUGAGGACAGUUCUGUAAGGAAUAGGGGGCUGCUCCAGGGUACUCUUCCUCUCUGUGAAAACGAUGCACAAUAUUGUGAAUAUGAUCAUGCUCGUGCAUUUGACCAUUUUAAGAUAACAUUAAAUUCUACAUUUUUAGCUAUGUAAAAGUUCCAGAUUUCUGUUGGCAUGUUUCAUUGCCCCCCUGCAGUGUGCAGGACUGGACUGAUCUUCAAGCUCAGUGUUUUCCUUCCCGCAGUCGGUUUCUCCUGCUUGCGUUAGGAAAACUUAAAUUUUACAAGCUAAAGAAAUAAACACCUGGAAAUGAAUAUCAGUCUUACUGUUUCAGCUCUUCCCUUGCCCAUGGGGUAAGAGGUAAGUGGGUUCAUGUUUGAAUUUUCCUAAGAAACGCUUGCCCUGUGUGGGAAUGAAUCGCACUCUGCUCCUGCUCGUGGCUCUUAAGAGACGAUCCGAGAUGCACAAAAACGUUACCAGCACACGGUAGUGAAAAUAAAUCAUAUCUUUGUCAGUCCUACACUUUUUUUUAAAAUGUACAGAUCAUCAUUAAAACUCAGGUAAUGUAAAGUAACAUUCAAGCACUUUUCUAAAAAAAUGGCUCAGCUUAGCCCUUUAAAAAUUGUCUUCACACGUUUGGACCCUUAAGAAAGCAAUUUGUUUUAAGUUUUCACUGGUAAAAAUUAAAAAAAAGCAGAGAGAACUGCACUUUCAUUUGAUGCCCUUCACCAGUUCAAGGCUGCAUCUUUGUGUGUCAUACUAAUAGAAAGCACAAUUCCCUUGAGAGGAAACUUAACGUUUCCGCUCCAGCCUGACACCAUUAACAUCAUUUACACUAAACUUUACCUGAACGUGUGGAUUGCUAAGGAGACUGUGGGAUUGUAACGCUAUAAGCAGUUCUUAAUUGGCAGUUUUUAAAGCAGGUUUAUAUGUGCUCUCAGAUAGUUACUCAGGUAAAAUACUUAUCCGAGUCAUGUUGACCCUUCUAGCCAAUGAAGUCUCUCUCUGACAUGGCCUAGAGAGGGUGGCUGAUCUAGUAGCUAAGAAAAAUAUUAAAGUUUCUCCAUACAAGUCCUAAGCUUCCUAACCUCUUCAUUGCUUAACCUGUAAAACUGGUGCUGCUGUAUCUGCUGAUGCCUAGUUGUGCCCCCAGAGUUUGUAAGUUACCUUUGGAUGAAGUAUCUGCUGAAUUAGUGUUUGGCAGCCAGGUUACGUGAUGAACCGCUCUGCUGCCUCACAUCCCUAGGAUCCCCAAUUUCAGUUUUGGAGUAUGGCUCUCCAGGUGCUCUAAUUUUCUUCCUACCUCCCAAAGACAUGCUGGCUAUGUGAUUCGGACUGUCCGGAUCAAGUCCAUCACAGUCCGCAGCUCGUGUGUUCUGUCCCAGGUGCAGUCCUGUCUUGUGCUCUCUAUUUCUGGGUUCGGCUCUGGGUCGCUAUGAGCUAGUGGCCUUCAAAUAAUGGAUAGAUGGGAUAUUAUUAAUAAUAUUGACUUAAAUGUUGUUUAAUCCCCGUGAGCUUCUAACUGAGAAAUGGCUACUGGUGUGUUUUAGGUUUCGGGCGUGUCUGCAUGAUGAUUGGAUCUUUAUAAUUCAGCUGAAGCUCCUUCUUUGGGCUGUCGCACUUAUAAUCCAGUCUUUGUCUAGUGGUGCUUUACAUGAACUUCACUUCGCUGCCCUAAUUAUCCAUAUCUAUCUAAUGCUAUGGUAAUAUGAAUGAAAUAUGUAUCUAGAUCAAUUGCAUGGGAAUUAAUAUAGGACACGAAACUAGGGCAAACUACAUGUAGAUGGCAGCGAGCGGUGCAAAACGGUCAACUCUCUUUCAGAAACAUUCGAUUGGGCAUGACUUGCUCUCUGAUUCCGAAGUCGAAAACCGGCAGCUGAGUACAACUGUUUUGGUUUUUAACCUUUGUAUUUUGAAGGGGUAUUUAAAUGCACAGCGCUCGGUUUUCUCUGAAUCCCAUUGUGGUCGAGAACGUGUUUUGUCGUGCAAAAACAAUCCUUAAAAAAUUACCAUCUAGGUAAAGUAUAUGGCAUUUCGAAAAGGUUUUUUUUUUGUUUGCAAGUUAAUACCUGUGUGAAAGGGUUUUCAUUAAGUCAGGCAUUGUUAUCUGAUUUGUGCUUAAUUUCCUCAUGGGUACAAAUCUAAAUGUAUUUAUUUGACUCUCCAGAUUUGGAACACAUCCUUUGUGCCAAGCAUUUGUAAAUGAAGUGGCAGAAAUUCACCUUUUCCGUCAUGUCUGUGCUUGAAAUGUCACCAUCUUUAAAAGCACUGAAAGCAAUUCCUCCCUUUAUAUGCUCCUGCAAGGUAGUUUACCUAGCAGGUUUGGACUAAUGUUUAUUUCAUCACUUUUUUUUCCACCGUUGAAACAGGAUGCCCUUCUAAGUACGAGCACACUCAAGCCCUUAGGCUCCUCCUGGGAUCUGUUGUUGCCACAGUGUGAAAUCCCAAAACAGUUUGCUGGACAAGAGCCAAGCUGUCACAGAUGUAAAGAGUUGCUUUAGGUCAAUAUUCUAGGACACUGGUGUGGAUAAUUAACAUGUCUUAAAUCCCCUUUUGGCACAUCAUGUAGAAAAAUGAAUAUGUAAGUCGUGUUUCUGAAUUGUUCUCUUAAUUAUCCAGUAUUCUCCAUAGUUAUGCCAGUUACUUCAGUUGCCAGGCAACUAUGUCUUCAGAGGCUCGGGAUGGUUUUGUUCUUUCAAGCCUGUUCCCUGUGUAAGCUCUGUCAUGUUUCUCUCUCUCUCUACAGCUUAUUAAAUUUCCAGAUCUUUCAAGGAUGCUUUCCUCUGUGUGUAGGUGUCAUCUCAGAGCCUUUCUCUGUGGAAUGUUCUGUGUUUCUGAAUGCAGGGGUCUUUUUUGUCACUCUGCUGAAAGGUUUGUGUGCUGGGGAAAAAGAGGCUUUGUGUUCAGUGACCUCGUACCUUUGACCUGGUGUUUCUGGAGUGGAUUCUGUGCCCCUGCUGUCCAUUUUCAGCCCCCCUCUAUUUCCGCUGUGCCCCCACACCUGUUGGCUGCAGUUCUGGGGGAACGAAUCUCUCGUGUAUUUCUAUUCAUUUACAAAAUUGUGAACCAUCUCUCCGUUCUGAUUUUUUUUAAAUUGAUGUGCAAACGGUAAACUCUGCCACUGCACUACAUUGAGCAGCUCAUUGUUUUUAGUUAAAAUCAUGUCUUUUAUCUCUGCACUUUAGCAACAGCAUCUGUCUGUGCAGCUAAUUGUCUCUCAUUGUGCAAGUGCUCAUAACAAAUGUUGAAUGUUUGGUACAAGAGUAUCUUCCUUUUGUUUAGCAAGUUCCUCAGGAUUCAUUUUUUUAAUCAGUGUAAUCUGAACCUGGUUUGUGGUUUUAAAAUGUAUCAUCUGCGAAAAAUAAGCUCUUUAGGAGCUGAGGUAAAACUAGUCAGGCACUUUGUGACAGCACCUACCGUGUCAUUGAAAUAUUUUUUUAUUGGUCUCUGUUUCGGGAGUGUGUUUGUGAAAUUUAAACUAAAAAUUGUUGUAAUAAAAAGCUACCAUGUGUCAGAAAUAAAGAGUUUGUACAGAGACCUGCUUGUAAAAUGAAUGACGCAUACCUGUUUACACUGAUAAGAAAUUUCAAAAGAGACUUUCAUAGUUAAACAUGAAACAAUAUCAGCUAGUUUUGUAUUCUUUGUCAUUGAUAAAAAUAUAGAGGAAGUCUUACAUUAGGACUUUGCUGUAUUUUAGGAGAACAGAUCAUAUGGGUAUCAGAUCUUUAGUCUUACUAAAUUAAUAGGUACUGUAAGUACUAAAAUUAGAAUCAGCCUUUUAUCAGCUAAUGGCACACGGUACAUUUGUUCAUUGCUGACCAAGUAAAGAUAUUUAUUUAUAUUGAGAAUGUGUGUUGCUAGUCCUAAGUGGUCAGAGGUCACUCUUGUUAACACAAACAAUAACUUGCUUUUGUGCAUGGAUGUAAUUUAAUACUUGUUUGCUGUUUUUGAGGUUAUUAUACAUUGUCUUCUUCAUUUUCCCUUUGGUUUUCUUUUUUGUUGCAACCUGUUAUGAUGAAAGUCUGUUGCACACAAGGUGGUAGGAGACAGGGACUUUCCUGUAGCUGUCGUGUGAGAGACAGUGUGUAUUUAUUGCACUUUGCUAUCUGGGCUCCUGGUCUGUUAUUUUCUUUUUUGUAGACUUCUGAAAGCUGUGAAUUUAAAAAUUGGAUUCUGUGCAUCAACCAGCAUUGUACAUAUUCACCAGCACUAAACAUGUUUUGUAGUUUCAAAGCAAAUAUAUAUAUAUAAAGUGUUUUUUCUUGUA